UUUGUAAAGAUCACAGUACAGUAAGCACAGUGCUUAGGAACAUGGAUAUUACUAUAUUACAUGGAUAUACUAUAAAGAUUUCCAAAAUUAUAAAAUGGAAAUAAUUGAGCCGAAUAAAAGUAAGGAAAGGGUAUGAAAUAUUUUAUUUUUUACUUAAGUCUAAUUUCUGGGGGGGUUGUCGUAUUUGUUUCUAUUCUAAAUAAACGUAUGCCACUAUCGAGUGUAUAACAAUCAGUGUCGUCAGUAACGCAUUAGUUAAUAACGAGUUACUGUAAUCUGAUUACUUUUUUCAGUAACGAGUAAUCUAACAGGUUCAUUUUUCUACAGCAGUAAUCUGAUUAAAGUUAGUUUCCUUCGUGUCUCUGCGUUACUAUUUUUUCAUUGCCUCAUAACGUAUGUAAAAUGAAGAUUAGUGUAGUCAUGUACGAAGAGCAUUUUGAAUAGAAAAUGCUAAAGUAAAAGGUUCCCAGUACGUGUUUCCAUGACAACCUCUUAGCUAUUUCCUGUUUUGGUCUCAUGUCACAUUUGUUGUGGAACUGAGGGCGUGGGCCAGGCGGGUGGACAUUGGAGCCGAGUGUUGACACUUUGCGAGGGAAUGUUGAUCUGUGGAUAUCCAUGAAAGAAGAAAAGAACAGUGAUGAUACCUCUGGCUCCUUGUCAUUACCAAGUGACCACACAGUUCCAGCUGCUCCUGCUCAUCCGUCGGCUGAGCAGCGGGUGCCUUUUGCGGUGCCCCACUCAGAGGCUGGCUCAGAAUCUGAGGGGCAAGGUCUAUUGGGCCUACCUGCCUUUUCAUCUGUCUUAACUGUAGUGGCGGAAACUGUCAAACACCCAGAGAGCCUUGGUAACAGCCGAACUUCCCCAACACUCUCCACUGACAUCAACAUCACCCAAUGGCCUUCACACAAUUCGAACCGAGACUCAGUGACGUUGUCUUCAUCAUCCCCAGGAAGUUCGUUGGUGGAAACGGACAAAUUGACCGCCAGAACAUCCAGAGUGUCUGCGUCCACUUCUUCCAAAGAUGCCAGACUAGCUCCCUCGAAAUCCGCUGGAAUGACUUCUUCUCCUGGGCCCACUGAGAGGACAUCUCAGGUAUCGCCUCUGACUGCGCAACAGGACACCACAACAGCCUCUGUGAAGCUCAGCACCACAAGUUUGGCUUCAAGUACCACUACAAGAAUGCCCCACAGUUCAACGCCUUCGCCAAGAGUAACUACCACGCAGUCAACAGUUCUAACCUCGGUGCUGCCUGUGACUGUUUCCUGGAAAACGACCACUACCACAACUAUCAGGGCUCCAUCUAGCAGAAGAAUAUUCACACCACCCAUCCUGAGGACGAGCCCUCCAAGGGGUGGCACAACUGUCUUUAUGUCCCCUUUUACCACCACCACAACAGAAGCUCCACCUCAGCUGUGCAACAUUACUGAAAGAAUGUGGGUGAGAACAGUUGUGUCCAUCUAUGUGAGGAGGAACAGGCUGGACAGCAUCCAGAGGCAGAAUCUGCGCCGGGGACUCAGUCAGGGUCUCCGGAAAGCUCUGAAUGAUAGCUCAGCUCAAGCUCAGGUGGAGACUGUAUUUGGUUCACCCAACAUGACAGUGGCUUAUCACGUCACUGGAAGAGACAUGGUUUACGUCCCCUCCGUUGUGCUCUCGGGCUUGGACUGGUAUGGUCGGGAUAAGCUGAUUGCAGACUUGCGACAGUAUCUUCCUAUGGUUACUGCACUUCCCAUUCCCGUUGCAAUGUGGCGGACCAGCCCGGCUCCUGGCUUCCAGCUAAAAACAGUUCUGCAAUUUGUGGGAGCUGCCGAUGAUCCACGCUCCUGUCAGUUUUCUCAAAUAAUGGAAGAAAGGCUGGAGAAGGUUUUUUCCGAAGCACAGGCUAAAGUGCUUAAUGUCAACAGCAAACUGUCUGUACAGAUGCUGAGUGUCUCCCAGGCUGCAGGGUCUCCCGCUGUGUCACUGGUUUACUGUGUGAAAAAUGGGACCGUCUUGCUAAAUGGCACCACUGCUUCAAACAUCCUUGGUCAGCUGUCCUCUGAGUUGGUGGGCUACUUCCUUUUUUACCCACCGCUUGUCGUCGCAGAGCCACUGGAAUAUCACAACCUGAACACCUCCAUUGCCACCAGAGACUUUUGGGUUAUAACAGUAAUCCAGGAUGUGGAUAACGCCAGCCUAUCUGAACUUUACCAAAGCUUUGCCAGUCUGAUGGAGCAGCGACUCGCGGAGUUGUUUGUGUUGGCAGGCCAGCACGGCACUCGCUUCAGACGAGCUACCGCUGUAGGCAGCUACACCGUCCAGAUGGUGAGUCUCAGAAGGGUCCCGGGAUUGAAAAACCCAGCGGAGAUGACCUACUAUGUGCAGCACAAUGGCAUUCCGUUAGCUGGUGCAUCAGCUGCCAAGGUCCUCAACACGGUGGAUUCUCAGACAAUGGCGCUCACCCUGGGCUACUUUGUUCAGCUGCAAGCAGAACCUGUGGUCAAGAACCCUCCAAAUAACCUUUGGAUAAUCGCUGCAGUGUUGGCACCCAUAGCCGUUGUUACACUCAUCAUCCUCAUAAUCACAGCUGUUCUGUGCAGAAGAAACAAAAAGGACUUUAAAGCAGAUGCCAUCGGAAACCUCAAUCCUAGAGCUAAGAUGACGUAUCGGAGGGAUGUCAACUACUAUCAUCAGCCGGUUCAAGGUUUUGACUAUGCAAAGCAGCAUUUGGGGCAGCAGGGAGGAGAUGAGGAGACCUUACCUGCUGGUCAAGAUACUUUGAUGUUGUCCCUGAAAAUUCGGGAUGCACCACUUUCGUUAGAGAAGACUUUGAAAUACGACGGCACAGUCAACAAGACGAACCUCACCAGUGAUAAAAACAAAAGCAAGUUGUUGAGUGAGGACGGUUCCGUCAUCAGCAGCGAAUCAGAGCAGCGGAAUUCCGUCCGGCGCUUGGCGGCGCCGAAAGUCACAGCACAGCAGAAACCAACAAAGGAGGAGACGCGCAAGAGAGAUGAUCCAUAUGACACCUCAUCUGGCUCCCUGCAGCUCAUUUCAAUAAAACCCAUGACAGCUCAGCUCAACUAUUCACAACAUCUUUCUUCUGAUCGCAACUCAGCCAUGCUCAAUGGAGAGGUGAAUUUAGCUCUCAAGCAGCGAGCGGACGCCGAGCACUAUAGGAACAAGCUGAGGGUCAAGGCCAAGAAGAAGGGCUAUUAUGACAAUGCACCUAUGGAUGGCAGUAGCUACAAUAGCCGGGCCCUCUCGCAGCGGCAUGGCCAGGAGAAGUUGGUGGACCCUGAUGACGAGCGAAAUUCUACCUAUGUCAAGUCUCACGUGAGGCAAAAUCAAGUAGGGCAGACAUCAUAUCGCAGCAGGCAGAGCCUAAACAGUCCGAGUCCUGGAGGAACUGAGAUGGAUUUGCUUGUGAUGAGGGAGAGACCCAGGAAAGGCAUCCGGAACAGUGGAUAUGAUACCGAGCCUGAGUUAAUUGAGGAAACAAACGUCGACCAUUUAAUGGAUCAAAGGGGCUUCGUGUACGGUCGCGGUCUGAAAGGCCAGUCACAGACAUCCACCCUGAGCUCACAGCCAUCCAUUGAUGAAGUGCGGCAGCAGAUGCACCUGCUUCUGGAGGAGGCAUUCAGCCUGGCCUCAGGGGGACACUCCACAUCCGGGAGGCACUCCCACCACCACCGUCCCCCGCCCGACCAAUACAGCGCCGCUCCACCUUCAAUUCCCUAUGCAGAUGUGGUGACCAGUGCCCCAGGCACUAUAAGCUGUGGUCGUGGAGGACUGCAGUGUGGGUCGUCUUAUGGAGCAGACGUAUACCAGUGCAGUUUACCUAAACCAGCCUUUCACUUCACUCAGUUGCCUGAUAUGGCAAUUAGCUCUCCUCCUCCUUUACCGCCUCGUACUGGACCACCUCCUGGCACCUCCUUAAGACGUUCCAUCUCUGACCUGGGACCCAAGGGAAGGAGCUCUCAGACAUCUGUCACAGACAUGCAGAGUCUACAUGACAAUAACCCAUAUGGGCCAAGUUCCAGAGCAGCACUUCCAUCCAUCACUAUAGAGCAGCCUGUGUCCAACUACUCAGGAAAUCCAAUAACGGCAGUCUAUUCCAUCCCAGCCAGCAGGUCGGGCUACUCAGACUAUUACGUGUCCGCCUCGCCCACUUCGUACCACAGUCCUUCUUGGAUGUCUUAUCCUCCUGAGCCAGAAGAUGUGUCACAUCAGUGGGCAGACUCUCUUCCUUUGCCGGGUUAUGUCGAGGCUUUCCCUCAUCCUCGCUACCCACAGGGGAGCCCCUCCAUACUCCCACUACAGUACACUCAGACUCUGGACCAACAGCCUACCACCCAGAGCACAGCAGCAUCCCAGAAAAGCUUGCAGCAGGUGGGGAAGGACACGGACAGCAUUCCCCUGAGCAAUCUCUCCACCUCUGCACUUGUACAGGCGAUACGACAAGAGGUGGCCAAGCUGGCAAAGAAGCAGAGUGAAAUGUUUGAUUUCUAGGAUGGAACCUUUCAUGUUGACCCCCCCCCCCCCCCCACAGACUCAUCAAAGUGGCACUCUUUCAGACUGAUUUUUGAUGUUUGUACCGUAAAAAUGACCAGAUCUUAUUAACCCAUGGACUGAUUGAUUUAUUUUCUUACACCAGUUAGCUGCAGCCAUAAUGCAACACAACAAGUGUAGUUUUAUUCUGAAGGGGAAAAUGCUGCUGCAAACUGCUGCAAUUGAUGUCCUGAGUGGCUGCAAACAUCAUUGUAGAUAUGUAUGUCACUAGAAUGAGCAUAUUAUAUGGGAAAAAGAAUGUGCUUAUUUGAGAGGAUGUGAACAGUCAAAAUAAGCAUUGUUUUCACCAAAAUUCCCCCAAACCUUCUGACAGCCUGUCUGCUGACCACAGUGUAAACAAGCAUGUAUGAUGAUAGUUUCUCAUUUGAUGGCGUCAAGCAAAUUUAGUGGCUUCACUGUCGGGCCUUUCAGGAGUCACUCUAUCAUAUCCAACAGCCUCAUUAGGCACAACAAUUCCAAUAUGUUUAAUUUGGACCAACAUAAAAACCUUGCUGAGGAAUAAAUAACAUUAAAUCACUGCACGCAAUUAGCAAUUCAUCUGAGUGGAAGGGACACUCAUACUUUACUUUGGGAUAAAAGCCUUUAUGGAUGAUGUUAAAUGCAGAAUUGCUGUCUGGGGAUUGUAAAGUGGGACUGGCUGCCAAUAAGAGCAUGAAGUUUUAUAGUAGAGAUGCUGUGUAAACAGCCGUGUGCUUGAAAAUGCCUCCUUGCAAUGCAAUAUUGCUAAUAAGCAGUAUUAUAUAGCAGGGAUGUUCGGAUAAUGCUUCGAGUUAUGAAAAGGGAUUUCAAUUCAUUACUUUCUCUCACACCAGAAAUGUUUUCCAAUUCAGCAUUCUUCUUAGGAAAAUAAAAACAUAACCUUCUUAAUUCUCCAAAUUGGACACUGCACUGAUAAACCAGACAGGCAGUUGCUGUUUGACCUGUACGAUACAAUCCAGUCACGAUUGUGUCCAUCAGAAAUAAAAACAAACUCAAGGUGCAAAUGCAGCUAAAAAUGAAUGGUUUCGGGACCGUUAUUGGUUGAGCUAACAAAGUAAAUGAACAUGGGCUAAACAAUCUAAAACCAUUGUGUUUUUGUCUUCCAUGACUGAUUUUUUAAUUUUCAAUUAAUCUGCCCAUUGAGUGCCGAGUGAGACAAACAGUCGAAGAACUAAAUUAAACUUCUCAGAUCAAUAGUGUUGGCUGUCUUUGCUUUUCACCUGCUAAUGUAAUUUCCAGAUUUCAUAGCUGGAUUUCUCUCAACCAGGUAAGAAAGCUUGCUGACUUCCAUUGUGAGAAUGUACCUUUGUAGAACACAAUUUAUAAUGAUAGUAAUGGGAUUUUCUUUCAGCAGGCUUCUCUAACACACUAUCGUCUGGGUGGGUUAUGACAGACGAUAGUGAAGGUAAAAUG